AUGACAGAUGCAAUUGUAGUGAUUGGAUUUAUUAAUACUGGUAAAGCAUCACUUUAUCAUAGUAUUAGAAAAGAUAAUUUAGGAUUAAAGGUUGCAUAUUUAUUUGAUGGAGUUGGAACAUUACCUCAAUCAGUAUUGGAUGAAUCUAAUGGUUAUAAAACAUUGGUUGAAGAUACAUGUAUCGAAUUACAAAAUGGGUCAAUAGUUACAGUUAUGGAAGAAGAAUUUAUUGGUGAUUUUAUAUUAAAAAAAGGUAAAUUUGAUAAAGUUAUCUUCUUUUCUCAUCCAUUUGAAAGUACAUUUUUAUUAGAAGUUUUAUCAUGUGCUGAUGAAAUGGAAGGUUCUUUAGGUGAUUUCAUUUCAAGUGUAAAAUUAAUAAAUGUAGUUUGUAUAUUAGAUGCUGAAUCAUUAUUAGAUGAUUUAAAAUCUGAUAAAAAAGUUGGAGAUAUCAUGAAAAUUAUGUCAAAUGAAGAAGAUGGUGAAGAAGAAGAAGGUGAAGAAAUUGAUAAUCAAGAUAUUGAUGAUAAAAAUUAUGAAAAAGAAUUAAGUGAGAAAUUUGAAAAACAACAAUUAGAAAAACAUGAUCAUUCAUCAUGUUGUGAUGAAAAAGGUGUUUGUAGUAGUAGUACAAAACAAAAAGAUACAAAAUUAGAAUGUGGUAAAGGUUGUCAAAAAGAAUGUUGUGAUGAUCAAAAUGAUGAAAUUGAUGAUCUUAAAGAUUUAGAUGCUGAUAUUGAUGAGUUAGUUAAAUCAUCAGAUAAAUUAGUUUCAACUUUAAUUUUAGAACAAAUAUCAAUUUCAAAUAUUAUAAUUUUAAAUAAAAUUGAUAAAAUUGAAAAAUCAAAAUUAGAAUUUAUUGGAAAAUUAUUAAAUUUAAUAUCAUCAUCAUUAGUUAUUGAAACUAGUUAUUGUAAGAUACCAAAUUUUCAAUUACUCUUUAACUAUGUUGUAACCAUUAGAGAUUACAAAUUAGAGAGUGAAACUGAUACUGAAACUGGUAUUUCAAUUGUAAAUUAUUAUCAAAGAAAACCAUUUCAUCCAAUUCGUUUACAUAAAUUAUUAUAUGAUACAAUUGAAAAGAAUGAAAAUAAUCAAUUAAAUUUAACAACAAAUUUUAAAGGUGUUUUAUUAACAACUGGUUUAAUUUGGUUAGCAAAUGAUAUGAAAAAUAAAUAUAAUUUUGAAAUUCUUGAAGGUAAAGAAAUGAUUGGUAAUAAACGUCCAUUUUGGUCAACAAUGAAAGAAAGUGAAUGGAAUCCAGCAAUUAAAGAAAAUAUUGAAAGAGAAAUUAAAUUAUUUAAAUAUCAAGAUAGAAAGAUUGAAUUGUCAAUCGUUGGUUUACAAUCAAAUGGUUUUGAUAAAGAUACAAUCAUUAAAAAAUUAGAUCAAUGUUUAUUAACUGAUAAAGAAAUGGAAUUAGGUCCAAACACUUGGGAAAUUGAUUUUAAAUCUGAUUUAUUUUGA